AGACUCCAACCACAACUCUUUUUCACAUUCCACAAUCCACAAAAUUAACCAAAUCCUUAAAGCUAUUGAAAUUUUUUCUUUGUUCUUUGAACUCCAAAAUCAAAAUCUCUGACACCCUUUUCUAGUUAGAUCCUCUCUUCCACUGAUCCAAAUUGAUUUGGUUUAUCUGUAUCUUUUACAUCCACAAAUGUUUCUAUCAAAGCAUGGCCCAAAAUUCUUCAAAUUUAGAAGCCCUUUUUCCUUCCUAUGUCAUAUCUGUGGUCUUUUCAAUUUAUAAGAUAGCCUUUUAAUUCUUUUCAAAAUCUCUUCAACCACAAAUAUCUUCAACAAAAAUACUUAUUACUCUGUUGGCUUAUAACACACAAUUAAUGGUUUAACUUUAUUGUGGGACAACACAAACAUAAAUUUUCUAUACAAAAUAGUUCCCUUGUCAUUACAUAUCUUCCUCUAGUUUCUUAUUUUCAUCUUAAAAUUUCUUUGACACCAAUGGUUACCAAAAAUAUUUACGAAUUUUCAUGUGGAUUUGUUGAAAUGGCUUGGAUUAUGCUAAGUGUUGACUACUCAAGGCUCUUAUGGCAAUUAUUUGGUGUUUUUUCUUAUGAAAAUCAUGAGUGGAAGCCUCGGAUUAUCUAGCACCACCUUCACUUGAUUCUUAUAAGCUAUUACAUAAAUAAAUUUUUUUAUUACUAUAUCUAUAAAUUAAGUCAAAAUAUUUGUUAGAGCCAUGUAUAAGGGGAGAAUAGGAGGCAAAGCUCAGCUUGGAUAUGUUGAAACUGACCCUUCAGGUCGAUAUGGACGUUUGAGGGAUGUCCUUGGCAAAGGAGCCAUGAAGGUAGUGUAUAGGGCAUUUGAUGAAGUCCUAGGAAUAGAAGUGGCUUGGAACCAAGUCAUGCUUGAUGAUGUCUUUCAUUCACCAGAUCAACUUCAACGCCUCUAUUCAGAGGUUCAUCUUCUAAAGAACUUGGAUCAUGACUCUAUCAUUACCUUUCAUGAUACUUGGAUCGAUGUCAAUUGUAGAACUUUCAACUUUAUCACUGAAUUGUUCACUUCCGGCACCCUAAGAGAGUAUAGAAAGAAGUACCCUCGUGUAGAUAUAAGAGCAAUAAAGAAUUGGGGUCGCCAAAUUCUAAGUGGUUUGGAGUAUUUGCACAGCCAUGAUCCGCCAGUGAUUCAUAGAGACCUAAAGUGUGAUAAUAUCUUUGUCAAUGGUCAUAUGGGGAAGGUCAAGAUUGGUGAUUUAGGCCUUGCAGCUAUUCUAAGUGGCUCUCAACAUGCACAUAGUGUCAUAGGUACACCUGAAUUUAUGGCACCAGAAUUGUAUGAAGAGGACUAUAAUGAGCUGGUUGACAUAUACUCUUUUGGUAUGUGUAUGAUAGAGUUGUUCACUUCGGAGUUCCCAUACAACGAGUGCUCUAACCCUGCACAAAUAUACAAGAAAGUUACUUCUGGGAAGCUACCAGAAGCAUUUUAUAGGAUCCAAGAUUUAGAAGCCCAAAAGUUUGUUGGAAAAUGUUUGGCAAAUGUCUCAGAGAGGUUGUCAGCAAAGGAGCUCUUGUUGGACCCUUUUUUAGCCACGGACCAACUUGACUCAUUACUGCCAACUCCAACAUCACUUAGUAGACUCAAUUUCACAACAUCAAAUCCUAAAGACAAACAUUCAUUGAAUGAUCAAACAAAGAGCACACACAUGACAAUCACAGGGACUAUGAAUGAAGAGGAUGACACUGUUUUCCUUAAAGUAAAAAUUUUCAAUAAAAAUGGAAACACAAGGAAUAUAUAUUUCCCGUUUGACACCAUAAAGGACACUGCCAUUGAGGUUGCAAAUGAAAUGGUCAAAGAACUAGAAAUUAGUGACUUGGAACCAUUAGAAAUUGCUGAGAUGAUAGAAGAAGAGAUAUCAACUAUAGUUCCAACAUGGAGGGAUUGUGACACUUACAAGUAUCAAAGACAACAUAGUUUUCAAUAUGAAGAAGAGGAUGAUAUCAAUAACCACCAUCCUUUCUUCUCAUCAUCUCCUCGCUCUUCCUCACAUGAUUCUCUCCCAAUGUUUUGUCCUUCCUAUAACAAUUCCUACUUUCGUGGGAACCAAUACCCUUUUGCACAAGAUGAUCUAUUUAUGAAUGAUGAUGCAAGUUCUCAAAGCUCAAUGAACUCCUACAAUUAUUUCAAUUUCCAUUCCAACGACUCAUGCAAUGAAGAUGAGCAACAAGGUUCAAGUUUUGCAAAAGGAGAAGAACCCCUUUGCUGCAAUCCAAAAAGUAGCAACAAGUGGACAAGAUUCUACCCUCAAGAAGAGGAAGUUGAAGCUGGAAUCACCAAACAGUUUUGCAACAUGAGAAUGGAUUCUCAUACUCACACUCAUAAACAUCAUCAUGGACCAAGGAAUAGAUGUCAUAAGCUAACUAAGAUUAAUUCCUAUGUUGAUAUUAGGAGACAACAACUGCAAAGAACACUGAUGGAGGAGAUGCAAAAGAGAAGGAUGGCUAAAACUGUUGGUGCCAUUGAGAACAUUGGGUUUAAGAAUCCAGAAGGAGAUGGAUCAUUUUCUUGUUGAAUUCAAGUUCUAUGGAUUCAUAAUCUACUAUUUUGUUAUUUAACUACUUUUGGUGUGUUUUUUGUAUUGCCUUUCAUUAUAAUGUGAAAUACUUGUAAUUUAUUUUAAACUCUGUAUAUGUUUUACUUGCUUGUGUAUAUGGAAAUAUGGAAUGCAUAGAAUACUAUAUUUUGAGAGUAAACAACUUUAA